AUGUUGCCUCCGCUGCUCUAUGCACUGGUAUGUGUAGCUUCCAAAAAACACAACAGCUCAAGUAGAGACAUGGAAUCCGAAGUUGGACGUUACUUGAUGUUUUUGUUGAAUUGAAAAAAAGAAAAUUUCAGCAUUCACCGCAAAGGGAAGGCCAACCGAUACCUCAAGUCCAGGCUAGAAGCAAUAGAACACAAAGGCCACGGCGGUCGUUUCUCCGUUUCAUGUCCGAUGUUUUUCUACGCGAGGUGAACGCUUAAAAUUGAAACAGGAGAAAUUAUUGCGAACUUUUAGAACGCCUUCAAAGUUUAUCUACUUCUUGCUUGGGGCAUUGGUCUUUCCGGAGUUAUUAUCGCUCAACAGAAACAUUGUAAGUCAGGCUUCUUAGACAGAUCCAAUGAAUUCGUGAAAAACAUCAAAGUCGUGUGCUUUCUAGUUGUGCUUUCUAUGCUGAUGCUGAUUUACCUAAUUUCGCAAAUCCCUGGAUUACUAGCUCUUGUUUCCCGAUACCCGCGAUACUUCAUCCCGUACAUUGCAGCAACAGUGAGAUUAUCCAACCGAAAUGGUCGUGAAUGAUAGUUUCAGUUGGUUUCGAUGGCGGUCGCGCUUGUUGGUAUACUACAUUUUGCGUUUCGCGAGUACUCGCCCAACUAUCUAACAUAUACAAACAAAAAAAGUAAGUUCCAUAAAAGCACUGUCACGAAAUCCUCAGUUAUCCUCCGUCAUCUGAACGGCGUCUUCUUCUCAAAUAACUCACUUUCCGUGCUGCUUUGUUGGGUAAUUUUGCUGUAUCUGACCGUUUGCAUGUGUGCCUGUCUCAAUCUCUGGCAGAUAUUCCUCGAAGAAGAGGUAGGAAUAAUGAUGUAUUAAUAUAUAAAACUGAAUGAAAUAUCAGUUUCGCGCUCGACGGUACCGGCAAGUCGAAGCUUUUCUCAGAACGCGUCUUGUUUCCUUCGAAGAUCUACCAGUUGAGGUUCAGUUUGAGCCUGACAGCCCGCCUCACUAUUCAGUGAGUUUUCCGUAUUGCGAAAAGUCGAAAGUUUGGACUUUUUCAAAUAGUAACUUAUGAGGGAGAGUGAGAAGUUCAGAAGCUUCAUAUAUCGAGGAUUUUCAGCCGGGUUUAGAAAAUAAUAAACUUUUUAGUCAAAUGAACUCUAUUGUCAGACCUCUUUUGUGUUAAACUUUGGGAAUUUUUUCUUUGAGUCUUUUUUGAACGUACGCAUUUAAAUUUUUAAAUUUUAACAGCAUUCUCAUAGAACGAAAUAAGACUUGCUCUCAAAAGCGAAAUUGCUCCAAAACAAAUAUUAAUACAGUUACGGAACAAAUUUGAACUCUUUUUUUUGCGAAAUUUUCCGUUUCUACGAAGAAAACGCCAAAAUUUUUAACUUUUAGUUCCAAAAGCUUUCUGUAAUUGAUUACCGCUUGCCUUUUUUCCCGAUGACAUUUAUUCUCAACAAGUCUAUUUUCUUGUGAUUUUUUCGAAUCCAAAAAAGUGUUUGAAGGCGAUCGACCUGGAAGGACAGCCGACGGCGCCCGAGUUCUCGCCUCCGAGGUACUCUCAGUGGGUGAAGAUGAACUCACGACGCAACGACGUCGACUCGUCCAACGGCCCCAUCGUCUUCUCUCUCGCAGAAAAACACGACUAA